AAUUGCACCAAUGGUAGCCCUGUCGGCGCUUUGAUCCCCUUGAAUUUCUUGUCCUCAUGAUAUGCUCGUGCAGGUAUUCUAGGAACUCCGAUAUUGAAUCUUAAUGAACUUCGGUCUGCUUCAUACCGACUUCACUCUACCAUCACAACCAUGAUACCCUAUAAAAUGCUGCUGCUCUCGGCGCAGCUCUUCCCAGCUCAGUCCACCAGAGAUACAACCACCACCUGCAGCCAUGGCCUUUCCACGCCUCCUGCUAGCCCUGUGCUUCCUGCUAACACACUCCCUCACCAGCGCCUACGACGCCCCCCUCGUCACUCUAGAUUAUGGCACCUUCCAGGGCAGCUAUGAUGCCACCUACAACCUCUCCUACUUUCGCAAAAUCCCCUUUGCAGCACCAGCCACAGGCGAGAACCGCUUUCGAGCGCCUCAGCCCCCGUUAAACAUCACUACCAAUGGCACCUACGACACCGACCAAUCCUUCGACAUGUGCCCUCAACGCACCGUCAACGGCUCCGAAGACUGCCUCUACCUAGGCCUCUACUCCCGACCCUGGGACACCACCUCCACCACAACCAACCGCCCCGUCCUCGUCGUCUUCUACGGCGGCGGCUUCAUCGAAGGCGAUGCCCUCUUCGGCAUGCCCCCCAACGCCUACCCCGUCCUCAACGUCAGCACCCUAAACGACUACAUCGUCGUCUACACCAACUACCGCGUCAACGCCUUCGGCUUCCUCCCCGGCCAAGCCAUCAAAGACUCACCCACCUCCGACCUCAACCCAGGCCUCCUCGACCAACAAUACGCCCUGAAAUGGGUCAACUCCCACAUCCACCACUUCGGCGGCAACCCCAACAACGUCUCCAUCUGGGGCCAAUCCGCCGGCGGAGGCUCCGUCGUCGCCCAAAUCCUCGCCAACGGCCGCGGCUCAAACCCCAAACUCUUCUCCAAAGCCCUCGCCAGCUCUCCCUUCUGGCCAAAAACCUACGCCUACAACGCCCCAGAAGCAGAAGCCAUCUACACCCAGCUGGUAAACCUAACGAACUGCACCACCGCCUCCGACACCCUCAAAUGUCUCAAAGAAGUAGACGUCCAAUCCAUCCGCGACGCAAGCCUCAUCAUCGACGCAGACAACACCUACACCACCUCAUCCUACACCUGGGCCCCCGUCAUCGACGGAUCCUUCCUCAUCGAACCCCUCACCUCCGCUAUCUCCUCCAAUUCCCUAAAGACAGACCUCAUCUGGGGCAUGUACAACGCCCACGAAGGCGAGAACUUCAUCCCCCCGGGACUAGAAGACACAGACACCACGAACGGAUAUAACUCCUCCCUCGCGUCCUUCCAUACCUGGUUAACGGGUUUCCUUCCCGGUCUUGAUACAAACGAUAUAAAUCUCAUCUCAUCGAAAUACUACCCUGUUUCAGGUACAGCAGAGACAUUAUCCUAUAACACCACGUUCGUACGCGCAGGGCUGGUGUACAGGGACGUGGUCCUCGCGUGUCCUGCUUACUGGGUUGCUUCUGCGGCGAAGGAGAAGGGGUAUGUCGGGGAGUAUGUGAUUCCGCCGGCCAGACAUGGGAGUGAUACGGAGUGGUGGGACACCGUUUCGAGCGUACAACAAACCGACCCGUUAAUCUACGACGGCUACGCGGGCGCAUUCGCUAGCUUUUUCCAGACGGGGGACCCCAACGCACAUAAAUUGACGAAUGCGUCGGAGCCCGGCGUGCCGGAGGUACAGGAGUCAGGGGAGGAGUUUGUGAUUGCUACGGAGGGGUUUGAGAAUGUGGGGUUGACGGAGUUGAAGGAUCGGUGUGCGUUUUGGAAGUCGGUUGGGGGGAAGAUUCCUAUUUGAUAUUUUAUUCAUUUCAAUUUACUACUGGGAGUAGGUAGUAUAGUUUAGUAGUUGUCUAUUCAGAUGAUGGAUGGGUGUUGUUUAUAGUGUACAGGUGUGGUGACGAAGAGGAAUCUAAGUAGAGAGAUGAUGUGGUGGGGAAAUAUACAAAUUAUAAUACAUAAGGUACAGCCGUGU